GUUGGAAGGGAAUCUUGUCAGCUUUCCCUCUAAGCCAAAUCGGUUUUCGGUGUGUUGUGUUGUGUAGGCUUCAAGACAAGACACAUUCUCACAUACUAGGAAGCUGUUUUCUUGCUGCGAAAACUGAGGUUUUGAGUAUGCUUCUCAGUGCACGCAUAGUGUUGUCAGGGCACAACAACGUCUCUGCUUUUGCCUUCAGACCCUGUCAUUCCUCUACCAAGACAAACCCUUCUCUCGGUUUCUACAUGGAACAACCCUCUCUUAUAUCUUCUUUCAAGCUAAAGCAUUGUCACACGCCCCAAAUCUCUUGUCAAGCAACUACACAUGAUGCAGUUUCUCUAAGGAAUAAUGAGUUACCUGUUCAUGGACUAUCUGAAGUUGUCGUUGGGGUUUUGGGAGGAGGUCAACUUGGUCGUAUGCUAUGUCAAGCUGCUUCUGAGAUGGCCAUUAAGGUCAUGGUUUUAGAUCCACAAAAGAACUGCCCCGCCAGUUCCCUGGCUUAUCAUCAUAUGGUUGGAAGCUUUGAUGACAGCACUACGGUUGAGGAAUUUGCCAAGAGAUGUGGAGUAUUGACCGUUGAAAUUGAACAUGUUGAUGUUGCUACAUUGGAAAAACUUGAGAAACAAGGAGUUGACUGCCAACCCAAAGCCUCUACAAUUCGAAUUAUUCAGGAUAAGUAUCAACAGAAGGUUCACUUCUCACAGCAUGGCAUUCCACUUCCUGAAUUUAAGCGGAUAGAUGAUCUUGAAGGUGCUAAAAAAGUUGGAGAGCUCUUUGGCUAUCCUCUUAUGAUCAAGAGUAGGAGAUUAGCUUAUGAUGGACGAGGAAAUGUUGUCGCUAAAAGUGAAGAGGAACUUCCUUCUGCCGUGGAUGCCCUAGGAGGAUUUGAUCGUGGUUUAUAUGCUGAAAAAUGGGCACCUUUUGUCAAGGAACUAGCUGUCAUUGUGGCGAGAGGAAGAGACAAUUCUAUUUCAUGCUAUCCUGUUGUUGAAACUAUUCACAGGGAUAACAUAUGUCACAUAGUCAAGGCUCCAGCUAAUGUGAAAUGGAAAAUUAGGGAGCGUGCCACUGAAGUUGCUUUCAAUGCUGUUAACUCUCUAGAAGGUGCUGGUGUGUUCGCAGUCGAACUGUUCUUGACUAGUGAUGGACAGAUUUUAUUAAAUGAAGUAGCGCCUAGACCUCACAAUAGUGGGCAUCACACAAUUGAAUCUUGCUAUACCUCACAAUUUGAGCAACACUUGCGAGCUGUUGUUGGUCUUCCCCUUGGUGAUCCAUCGAUGAAAACUCCAGCAGCUAUAAUGUACAAUGUAUUAGGUGAAGAAGAGGGGGAGCUUGGUUUUCAAUUAGCUCAUCAAUUGCUCAGAAGAGCAUUGACCAUCCCUGGGGCUACUGUUCAUUGGUAUGAUAAGCCAGAAAUGAGAAAGCAACGGAAGAUGGGGCAUAUAACCAUUGUUGGGACUUCCCUUGGCAAUAUUGAAAGCAAUCUUGCAACAAUGGUAGAAGGGAAAAUAUUAGAUGACAAGACUGCAGUUGCUCCACGUGUGGGAAUCAUAAUGGGUUCUGAUUCAGAUCUGCCUGUUAUGAAAAGUGCUGCUGAAAUCUUGGAGACGUUUGGUGUGCCUCAUGAGGUAAGAAUAGUUUCAGCACAUCGGACACCGGAAUUGAUGUUUUCUUAUGCCUCAUCAGCUCGUGAACGAGGCAUACAAGUCAUUAUUGCUGGUGCUGGUGGGGCAGCUCACUUGCCAGGUAUGGUUGCUGCACUAACUCCCUUGCCUGUCAUUGGUGUUCCUGUGCGUGCUUCUACCCUGGAUGGGCUUGAUUCACUUUUGUCAAUUGUCCAGAUGCCAAGAGGUGUCCCCGUUGCCACUGUUGCAGUCAAUAAUGCAACUAAUGCUGGAUUAUUGGCAGUGAGAAUGUUGGGUGUUGCCGAUGAUAAUCUUCUGUCAAGGAUGAGUCAAUAUCAAGAGAACCAAAGAGAAGACGUCUUGAGGAAAGGAAAUAAAUUAGAAAAAAAUGGUUGGGAAUCCUACUUAAAUAAUAGUUAGUAAUACGCAUUAAUUUGGUGAUUCGUUUUUAGGCUCAUUCUCAAUUUUGGAAAUUUUGAUAGACAAGAUUUCAUAUGAAGGGUGUUUAGACUAAUAGCAAUAAGUAGAUUGAGAAUCAUUGGAGCAAAAGCAAGAAAAUCUUGUUUAAGCAUGUGUUGUUGUUAACUAAAUCAAUAGAUUUUCUAUUGCUAACAUAUUGCAAGAGAGGAUAAUAUUAUAAUUUAAUCUGGCAGAAAAGCCUUGCAUUCACAUUGAUAUUGCCUGUUAACGGAACGAGUUCCUUUCGUGGGAUAGAUUUGA